AUGGAUGCAUGGGCUGUAGAACUUCAACGAUGGCCAAUGCUGGCUGCAUUUGCGUUCGGCGAGGCAAGCAAUAUAUUAAGUGUUCUUGUACUUGCUCGACCUAGAUUACGAAAGAAUACAUGCUCACUUUAUUUACUUGGCGCGAGCAUCAGUAAUGCCAUAUGUAUAUUCGUUGGUUUACUCUAUUUCAUUAUCGCUAGUGGAUUUGGAUUUUCAUUUUUAUCAGCAAGUCGAGGAUUAUGUAAAUUUAUACCGUUCAUGUAUUAUUCAACAUUAUUUCUAGCGUCAUGGUUUAUUCUUCUUGCUUGCAUUGACCGAUAUUGUUCGACACAUUCAAAAGCUACCAUACGUCGAUUUAGUCAUAUAGAUGCAGCAAAAUGGUUUCUUAUACUGCUACCAUGUUUUUCAUUGAUUUCGCAUAUUCAUAUUUUCGUCUACAUCGAUUGGAUACAAAUUAGUCUAUGCAGUUUUACCUCGUUUAAUUAUAUUUUGUUCUUCUAUUUUUAUUAUGUCAUCUUCUAUGCAUUGAUGACACCUUUACUUUAUAUUAUAGUUGCUGGUCUCACAAUAUUGAAUGUCCGACGAAUAAAGAAAGCGGUAGCUGUUGUCGUGAAGAGAAAUCGGGGAUUUAUUAAAACACAUCAACGACAAAAAACACUAAACGCACAACUUCUUCGAAUGCUUAUUGUACAGGUCUUGUCAUUUGUUAUCUUAACUAUGCCACUUGCAGCAUGGAAUAUUUACAUAGGUUUUACUUAUUAUAGGCCGAAAUCAGCUACCACAAGAAGUUUAGAAGCUCUUAUAUCUGUAAAUUUUGGUUUUCUAAAUUUUAUCAAUUCGGGCUCUGCGUGUGUCGUUUAUGCUGCGACUUCUCAUGUUUUUCGAGAAGAACUGAUGGCGUUGCUUCGGUGUUGUUGGUUUAGAAAAACGAUCGUACGUGAACAUCAACAUCAUGUAUUCUUUAUAGCACCCCGUAUUGCUCCUCUUUGA